GCGAAGUGCGUGCUCAUUAACCUAGGGCAGUGCAAGGUUGGCCUCUGAAACUGCUGUCCGACUUAGGGGAAGGGAAGACGCUUACAUCCAUGUUCUGUGGUUCUCCAAGGGAUGGCAAGUUCAGUGACAUGGGAAUCAGGUUCCUGAAGUAAAGCGGAGUUUGCAAAGCAGACCUUUGGAUGUAGUGGGAGAGAAGAAACACAGCUGUGGGAUCAGUAAAAAGAAAUAAAACCAGUUGUCUCUUAGCUGUAGAGGUAUCGUGGGCCCUUCUGUACACAUGGCCACACAUGAUGAUUUUACAGCAGCUAAAUACCGAGCCCCCGUUGCGAUAUAUUGUGGGAGCAUUCCCAAAAUGAAGCCUGGAUGCAGGGCACUGAGAGGAGGGAGCAUCGAUACUAAUUUGAAGCUCCAUGGGACUGGAUGGAUGACGGCAGAUGAUGCAUCUCUUCAUUCGGUUUUAAAGAAACAAGGAUGUUUGUGGGGAGGCAAAGGGGAACCUCCGUAUAUUUCCCCUCUGGAGAACUGGAAUGGCAGGAGAAGCCUUCAGAAGAAGGACACAGAUAACGCGGCCAUGGGUGACUCUUCUCAGCUGCCUAGCAUCCAGCCAAAACAGGAUUCUGGUCAGCUGGAAGCAAGCAGUGCAGCCAUGGAGACUGCUCAGAUCAAAGACAAACUCAAGAAGAGGAGAAUGUCUGAGGGCCUAGUGGCAUCAAAUAAAGGCUUGCUAGACUCUACUGGUCCCAAGGGACUUGCCCUGAAACCAGCCAUUUCCAGAUCUGCUUCUCAAAGACUGCUGAUCACGUCCAAGCCCAUGCCACCUAUUCAGAGCAUCCCCACUUCCCCAGAGCCCAUCGGAGCCCAUGAAAGAGAGCAGAAAGUGUCAGAGAAUGGCACAGACUGCUUGGGACUUGGAAGUGAUCACCCAGAGUCGACAACAGCCCCUCAACAGAUCCUAUAUGGGAAUGAUGAGAAUCUGAGGAGAUCUUUAGGGACAGCUUUGAUCCCACCCAUCCCUAAGUCAGCGAAGGCGCAUGAAGAAAAUUCUCAGGGUUUUCAGGAAAUUCUUUCAAGCCCAUUGCAAAUGGAACCUGCUCCUCUUGCUGCAGACGAGACCUCCAAGAUCAGGUCAAGGCCCGAGACUUGCGAUGUUGAAGGGAACUCCCUCAAAACUCUGGAAACCAGCACCUCGGACUCUGCUUUCCAAAAUGGCUUCCCUGCGGACUUGAAGGUUGCUGCGUGUCCAGUUGAAUCCUUACUGCCAUUAACCGCCCCCUCUCACAGUCCAGCCAAGGAUGGAGGCCUGCUGUCAAAUCCUCACCUUUUAAAAGACGAUGAGUGCAAGGGGAGCAAUGGAAGGAUCUACGUGACCAUAUCCAAGUCAGCUCAGGAGAAAAUGCGCCAGAAACAGCUCAGGGAGAUAGAGCUUUUGUGCAAAGAAAGAGAAAAGGAGAAAGAGAGAGAAAGGGAAAGAUCCAUGAAGUUCCAAGAGCAACUACAGAAAGAAGGGACAGCUCUGGAAGGUUCUGGCUUGCUUACCAGCAAUGGGGCCACCUCUGUUGCACUCAGCCUGAGCAGCCCUUGCAAAGCUUCUGUCGGAAUGGCCUUAAAGAAACGGGUGAACAGGCCCUCUCUGCCCAACAUCCCUGUCAUCAACCAUGACAGUAGCUUCCUGAGGCAUGCUUCAGCUAACUCCCUGCCAGCGAACCUCCAGGAUUCUCCAGAAUGGGAGGAGGACUUUAUAAACAGAGAUGCUUUAGAAAUAAGACCUUUGUCUCACCCAGAGCAGGGGCUGAUCGAUGCUCUGAAGUGGCUCAAUAGCAACGAUUGGCAUUUGAAGGAAAAAGGACUCUUCAGCAUCAGAUGCUUGGCUACCUGCCAUUCAGAAGUUCUCCAGUGUAGACUUCAUGAUGUUUCCUUGGCAGCAACGAAAGAGGUUAGCAACCUGCGGUCAAAAGUGUCUCGGUUUGCUAUUGGGACACUUGCUGAGCUCUUCAAAGCCAUGAAGAAGCACAUGGAUCAAGACGUUGAGGAGAUAUCACGGGUACUUCUACAGAAGGCAGGUGAUACUAGUGAAUUCAUCCAGAAAGCAGCCGACCAGUCCUUAGGCAUCAUGGCGCGGAGCGUGACUCCUUCCCGAACGAUGGCAGCCCUCAUGGCCAAUGGGGUGAACCACCGUAACCCCCUCAUUCGGAAAUGCGCUGCUGAACACUUAGUGACUGUUGUGGAACAGGUUGGGGCUGAGAAACUGCUUUCGGGCAACCGGGAGAGUACAGAGUUGCUGGUCCAGACAUUGGUCAAGCUUGCCCAGGACUGCAAUCAAGACACAAGGUUUUAUGGACGGAAGAUGCUGAACAUACUUAUGUCCCAUUCAAAAUUUGAUGGGUACUUGAAGCAGUGUCUGCCAUCACGUGACUUGCAUGAUGUCAUGGCUGCGAUUAGGCAGAAAGGGACAGAAGACCAGGUAUCCCAAGCUCCUUCUGCCAAAAGCCAUAGAGGGUCAAAGAACAGCAGCUUGACAACCUCACUGGACAGCCUGCCUUCAGAUGAAGGGUCUAUCUCUGACGCCCUGGCCGUGCCACAGCCCAUGAUCCGCCGCUCAUCCCUUCGCAGCCUUGAAGUGAUGGAGCAGCUCAGGGAGCUGAACAAAUUGCUGAUGGCCAAGGAAUUUCAGAUACGAAUGGAGGGAGUAACUUUGCUAACCGAGCACUGCAAGAACAAUCCUCAGCUUGUCUCAUCAAAUAUCAUUCAGAUCUUUGAUGCUUUUACCCUGAGACUUCAGGACUCCAACAAGAAAGUGAAUCAGUACGCAUUAGAAUCGGUCUUCUCCAUGAUCCCAGUGCUUAAAGAUGGCUUAAAUCCAGUCCUGGUCUCUGUGGUGACUGUAGUCUCAGACAACCUAAACUCAAAGAAUUCUGGGAUUUACAAUGCAGCAGUGAAGGUGCUAGACACCAUGAUCAUUCAUCUAGAUAAUCUUCUGCUGCUUCAAACUUUUGCCAGCAGGGUGCGUUUCAUCAGUGGCCGAGCUCUGCAGGAUAUCACAGACCGCUUGUCAGUUUUGGUGGCUUCUGCCUACCCACGGAAACCACAGGUCGUUGAGCGUCACGUCCUUCCGAUUCUCUGGUACUUCCUGAGCAACAUGAUCGGCAAUGGGGUGUUGCCUGGAAAGAGCGGGAAUGUCAGAACUGUGGCUUCUAAGCUUGCCAAGAGCCUUCGGAAGCAAAUGGGACCCAAGCUGGAGGAAUACGUCUCCAGCCAAUCGCAACACGUGAUCAAAAACUUCCAAGACCUUCUAGACAUGGAACUCCAGUAAAGGGAACCCAGUACUGUCUCUGGGACAAUUUACAGUGUGCCAUUUCAAGAGAAGGCAGAAUCGAAGUGGCGGACAAUGAUACAUAGCUUGCCAUUAUUUAAUUAUCUUCUUCUUGUUGUUUUUAAAGUGUAAUAAUGUACUGUGUAAAGCUUAUAGUAAUAAUCCACUAUGGAAAUUGUAUAUAAUAUAUUUUGCUGUAGAAUUAAAUCACAUAUUUUUCUAAUGCUUAAUUUCCUCAACAUUUAAC